UGCUCUAUAUGCAACAUCCGACGCAUGCUCAGUAGGAUCUUCAUGUUUGAAGCCGCACAAUGGGCGGAGAUCACUCCUGUUUCCUUCCAAAUACCAACUGAUCAUCAACCCACGGGAAAACGGUGACCGCUUAGAGGGUUUUGAGCGAUGUGCCAGAUCCACAAGUCCUACAAGCAUAAUGGACUGGGCCUUUGAUAAGACUUCCCUGUGAAAGGAUUACACCAGGAGUCUUUGAUCUGUUUGCCAUAAUAUGAUAUAGUCAACUCAUGUUGCACCAUUGCCAUCUCUAUACCUGCAUUCAUACCCACAGCGAUCGAUCACCUCCCCUCUGCAUACUGUUUUAGGAUUAACCCAAAUAAAAAAUCCACGACCACAGCAUCACAGGCUGUUCUCUGCCUAGUGUUUGUGUUUUUAUGUGUUGUUCUGAACGCCGGUCCAUUGCGGCUCAGACUUCACAAAAUCAUGGAACCCAACAUGGAGUACAUUGUCACGCAGGUGACGCAGAAAGAGGUCGGACGACGGUUUCAAGUGGGACCAGAAAUCAUAGACUACAUCCUGGACAGACAGAAGUCACAUGAUCUGGAACAUGAUCAGACGAAGUUGGACACGAUGGUGGACAGUCUAGCAACCUCGUGGGUCAACGCAAGUAAUUUCAAGGUGGCACUGCUGGGAAUGGAUAUAUUGUCUGCUUUAGUGACGAGACUACAGGAACGCUUCAAAACACAAAUAGGAACAGUUCUUCCUAGUUUAAUGGAUCGUUUAGGCGAUUCUAAAGACCAAGUUCGAGACCAAGCGCAAACACUUCUCUUACAAAUCAUGGACCAAUCGGCCAAUCCACAGUAUGUUUGGGACCGAAUGCUGAGUGGAUUCAAGCAUAAAAACAACAGGACCAGAGAAGCUGUUUGCUUUUGCCUUAUUUCCACUCUUAAUGUAUAUGGAGCCCAAGGGUUAACCCUCAGCAAGAUUGUUCCUCAUAUUUGUAAUCUUCUGGGAGACCCCUCGAGUCAGGUCCGAGACAGUGCAAUAAAUUGCCUGGUGGAGAUUUACAGACAUGUGGGUGAGAGAGUGAGGAUCGAUCUAGGGAAAAAAGGACUCCCACAAUCACGGUUGAAUGUGAUUUUAAGCAGGUUUGAUGAAGCCCAGAGGUCUGGGAAUAUGAUCCUGUCUGCAGAUAAGAACAUCGACGAUGCUGAUUCCGUGGAUGGAGGCCGUUCCUCGUCGUCUUCUAAAGGAGUGUCGUCGGUGCGGCGGACGGGAUCCAUGCGGCGGCCGAGCUCUGCCUCCAGCACGAAGAGUUCAGGUAAAGAAAGCGCAAGUGCCGGUGCCCUUGAUGAAGAAGACUUCAUUCGUGCCUUUGAAGAUGUGCCCGCCAUACAGAUCUACUCCAGUCGGGAGCUCGAGGAGUCCAUGAAUAAAAUCGAAAAAAUUCUCUCUGAUGACAAACACGACUGGGAGCAGAGAGUGGCAGCAUUGAAGAAGGUGCGUGCUCUGCUGUUGGCGGGCGCGGCAAACUACGACGGCUUCUCACAGCAUUUGCGGCAACUCGAGGGGGCGUUCAAGCUGUCGGCCAAAGAUCUGCGCUCGCAGGUGGUGCGAGAGGCCUGUAUCACACUGGGGUAUCUGUCAUCUGUGUUGGGGAAUAAGUUUGAUCAUGGAGCAGAGGACAUCAUGCCAACGUUACUAAACCUCGUACCAAACAGCACAAAAGUGAUGGCGACCUCUGGAGUGGCAGCGAUCCGUCUUAUUAUACGACACACACACUACCCACGACUGAUCCCGAUCAUGACCAGCAACUGCAAGUCUAAAUCUGUGGCCGUCAGACGCCGCUGUUUUGAGUUUUUAGAUCUGUUGCUUCAGGAGUGGCAGACGAAUUCUUUGGACAGGCAUGUGGCUGUUCUCGUGGAAACUAUUAAAAAAGGAGUACAUGAUGCCGAUUCAGAAGCAAGAUCCGUUGCUAGAAAAUGUUACUGGGGUUUUCAUGCACACUUCAGUAAAGAGGCGGAGCAGCUGUUUCAGGCGCUGGAACUGAGCUAUCAGAAAGCGCUUCAGUCUCAUCUGAAGGGUUCGGACAGUAUCAUGUCUUUGCCGCAGUCCGAUCGCUCGUCUUCAAGCUCACAAGAGAGUUUAAAUCGGCCGUUGUCGGCUAAAACGCCUGUCGGGAGCAACUUGAGCAGAACUAAAGCCGUGAGUUCUCGUGUGUCAUCCACGCCAGGCUCACUGCAGCGAUCGCGCAGUGACGUCGACGUCAACGCUGCAGCCAGUGCCAAGUCUCGAAUGCCCACCGUACCCGCUGCUGUCCCCUUCAGCUCUGCCGCAGCAUUGCCGCCCGGCUCCUACGCCUCACUGGGCCAUGUGCGCACAAGACGACAGAGUUCAGAGACUGCUGCUGGGGGCGGAGCCUCUGCAACAGACAGCAGGGGGAGGAGCCAAGCCAAAGUUGUGUCCCAAUCACAACCUGGCAGUCGCUCUAAUUCACCCCGGAGGCUGUUGGCUCAUUCUUACGGAAGAACUGCUCGCGUCACUGGAUCCAGUGGAACGCCGUCAGACAAACGCAAUCAUAUUCCCUGGAGUCACGGCUGCAGUCGAGAGACCAGCCCUACUCGCAGCAGAGAGGUGAGGGGCAGUCGAAUCCCGAGGCCCAGUAUGAGUCAGGGUUGUAGUCGUGAUACGAGUCGUGAGAGCAGCAGAGACACGAGUCCGGCUCGAGGGUUCAGUCCGCUGGCAUCCCACAGACACUCACGGUCGACGAGCGCGCUGACGGCGGGCGAUGGCUUGCAGACAGAUCGGUUUGGUCUGAUUCAUCACGCUCGUAUCUCAGCGUCUGUUAACGCCAUGCGGAUCUUGAACACGGGCACAGAGGUGGAAGCUGCUGUAGCAGACGCUCUGCUGUUAGGAGACUCCAGGAAUAAGGUGAGACCGAUGCGCCGCCGUUAUGAGUCUCCUGGCAUGUACUCUGAUGACGAUGCCAACAGUGACGCGUCCAGCGCUUGUUCGGAGCGCUCCUUCGGCUCUCGUAAUGGAGGGAUCCCGCAUUACCUGCGGCAGACGGAGGACGUGGCUGAAGUUCUGAAUCACUGCGCCAGCACCAACUGGUCUGAGCGGAAGGAAGGACUGCUGGGGCUCCAGAACCUUCUGAAGAGCCAAAGAGUCCUCAGUCGUGUAGAGUUAAAGAGACUCUGUGAAAUCUUCACCAGAAUGUUUGCAGAUCCUCACAGCAAGAGAGUGUUCAGUAUGUUCCUGGAGACGCUGGUGGAUUUCAUCACCAUAUACAGAGAUGAGCUUCAGGAUUGGCUGUUUGUGUUGCUCACGCAGCUGCUGAAGAAAAUGGGGGCCGAUCUUUUGGGGUCCGUUCAGGCCAAAGUCCAGCGGGCCCUAGAUGUUACCAGGGAUUCGUUUCCAUAUGAUCAGCAGUUCAACAUUCUGAUGAGAUUUAUUGUUGAUCAGACACAGACUCCAAACCUCAAGGUGAAGGUGGCGAUCCUGAAGCACAUUGAAUCUUUGUCGAGACAGAUGGAUCCAUCAGACUUCGUUAAUUCGAGCGAGACUCGAUUGGCUGUUUCUCGAAUCAUCACGUGGACAACAGAACCAAAGAGCUCAGACAUUAGAAAGAGUCUCCACAGCUGGGUGAAUGAGGAGGUGUCGGGCCGGAGCUCGACUGUGGCCUCCCUGCCAGGGGGAAGUGACGUGGAGGAGAGAUGUAAGCAGGCUGCACAGAUGGUUUUGAUCGCCCUGUUUGAGCUGAACACACCAGAAUUCACCAUGUUGUUGGGCGCCCUUCCCAAAACCUUCCAAGAUGGAGCUACAAAACUUCUACACAACCAUCUAAAGAACAACAGUCACGUCUCUGCAGUGGCAUCACCCAGCAGUACAGUCGGACGAAUGCCGCCGAGACACCCUGUUUCCCGGACGAGCCCCCUGACGUCACCCACUAACUGUUCUCAUGGAGGACUUUCACCCAGCCGUUUAUGGGCGUGGAGCUCAAAGUUUUUCUCUCCCCUCACUCCCUCCCACCCCGGCCCUGCCACGCCCCCUCUUCGGGCUCUUCGGAGGGCAUACUCGCCCAGUAUGUUGGAGUACGACACAGAGAACAUGAACUCUGAGGAGAUCUUCAGCUCUUUGAGAGGCGUAACCGAAGCCAUCCAAAGCUUCAGUUUCCGCAGUCAGGAGGACAUUCUAGAUCCGAUCAAACAUGACGGCAAGAGGGACGAUACGAUGGGUGUAGCGUCAUCGUCGUGUGCAGACCCUCGGCUAUCUGCAGGUCUGAUGGAGGGGGGCCGAACUGCACUGGACAACAAGACGUCAUUAUUAAACACACCAUCCCCACGGACGUUCAGCGGACCGUGGUCACGGGAGUACAACCCGUACAACUACAGCGACUCCAUCAGCACCCAUGAGAAAGGAGCGCUCGCUGUGUUCGAAGACGUGGAGCAACGUGGAGACAGUCAUCAACAAGAGUGUGGGGAAAACAAAAUCAUACAUCCUAAGAGUUCUUCUGCAGGACCUGGGCAGCACCUGGAGAUGGUUGGUGACCUGCUGAAGGAGCUGUCCAAUCACAGCGACCAUGUGGAGGAGAGGCGGGCCGCUCUGCUGGAGCUGUUGAAGGUUACCCGUGAUGACAGUCUGGCCGUGUGGGAGGAGCAUUUUAAAACAAUGCUUCUGUUGCUAUUGGAGACGCUGGGAGAUAAAGAUCACACUAUUCGAGCGUUGGCUCUGCGUGUUCUGAAGGAGAUCAUGCGCAGUCAACCAGCGCGAUUUAAAAACUACGCUGAACUCACCAUCAUGAAAACACUGGAGGCCCAUAAAGACUGUCACAAAGAGGUUGUGCGGGCCGCAGAAGAAACGGCAUCGACACUCGCGAGCUCCAUCCACUCUGAACAGUGCACUAAAGUUCUGUGUCCAAUCAUCCAGACGGCCGAUUAUCCCAUCAACCUUGCCGCUAUUAAAAUGCAGACCAAAGUCAUUGAGCGCAUUUCCCAGGAUUCCCUGCUUCAGCUCCUGCCCGACAUUAUACCAGGACUGCUACAGGGUUAUGAUAACACAGAGAGCAGUGUACGGAAGGCCAGUGUGUUUUGUCUGGUAGCGAUUUAUUCUGUUAUUGGUGAAGAUCUGAAGCCACAUCUACAGCAGCUGACCGGCAGUAAGAUGAAGCUGUUGAAUCUGUACAUCAAACGGGCUCAAACCACCAACAGCAACAGCAGCAGUUCUUCAGACAUCUCGUCGCACAGCUGAACUGCUCUCUGAUGCCCCGUCAUUUCCUGCUGAAUCCAGCUGAUUUUAUACGUCCUUUAACUCUGUCAAACGAUUGUGCACAAAGAACUCUUGCAGUUGUCCAUUGUGCGAGUAGAUCCUGUUCAAACGCACGUGUAAAUGCGCCUUAUUAAAAGGCACAUGCUUUAUUUAACAAUAUUUUAAAGAGGCGUUAACGACUUUUUUGCGUUUGAGCUUAAACAGACCUCAGAUUUGUGCGUGAGGCAGUGGUUGUGCCAACGUUACCGUUCCAUCUGUAAGAAAACUUAUGUUAUGCCUUUUAUUCGGCAACAGAAGAGUGUUACGUUUCUCAUCGCAUUUAGUUUCUCUUUAAAUUCAGUAUUAGUUUUUACUGUUAUGUUUAUUUGACAGUUUUUGCAGUGGCUUAUAUGUUCUUCAUGUUUUUAAGCAAGAGUUCAUGCAAAAAUGAAAAUUUCUUCGUUAUUUACUCACCAUCAUGUCGUCCCAAACAUUAAUGACUUUGUUCUGUGGAGCACAAAUGAUGACAGAUUAAAAAAAUAUAUUAUGUUUAAUUUCAGUUCCAUUUCAGAUCGGCCAAUCAGAAGCUGCGUUACUUUUAAAGCGUUGUGUGUUUGGCUUCAGUAACGUCAUGAAUGAAUGUAAUGCCCUGCCUCAUUCUUUGAGCUCUUUAUGGGUAUCAGAGUGAAUGAAACAUUCAUUUUGGGCAUUUAAAAAUAUGCAAGAACAGAGACUGUAUUUUAACAGGUUUUUAUUUCUGGCUGGCAAGUGAAGCGUUUAAAUUAAAGUUUUGCUUGAUAUUAAGCCUACGUGAAAGAUAAUUAUAAAUAUUAGUACAUUAUUUUGGUACAUAAUCUCUCAUUCCAGAGCUGAAUUUGUUUGAAGCCUCAGUCACAUGAAGAAAAAAACAUGUUUAGCAUGAACUUGUUUUAAAAGGACCAUGAUAUUACAACACAAAGGAGGAAUUUUACACUUAACAAGUUUCCUUUUGUGGUUAAGGACCAUGUUGAUACCUUUUUUAAUAAUCUCAGAUAUGAAUAAUUUAGUGAAAAUAUCCGUAAGUAUUAGAAUCUGCUUCAAUUGUGCAUUAAAGAGAUGAUGUUUCAAAACUGAAUUGAAGUUUUGCAAAUUAAAUAUACAGUAAUUCAAUAAGGAAUGCGUUAGUUUUAAAGAAUAUUGAGACUCUUGAACACGAUGUCCGAAGCAAAUUUAUUAGUGGAAUUCUUAACUUUUUAGAGCAAUAACUUUAACAAAAAAUAAUCCAAAUUGGAUUUUGCUAGUAGUCAAAUCACUGUUUGAACCCAAUUUUCUGGUUUUAAAAAGGCUUGUGUUUUUACGGCCGUUUAAAGUGCACGAUUAGUCAUUUUGUAAGAUGUUUUAAAUAUUGGUGCUUAGUUGAAUUUACUCCGUGCUAUUGCUGAAUAUUUCACAUUUUCUGGUUUGAUUGAAGAGCCUCACCAUGUACUCACACAUCCGUUUCUGAAAAGAAAAUGACAUUAUUCUAUGCUCUUGUUUGAAGACCCAAAGAACAUUCCACACAAAUAACUCUACAAAUCGUCUACGAUCCUUUUAGUCUUUGUUAAGACUAUUAUUUAAAACAACAAUCAAGACUUUAAACUUUUAUUUGCUUUUUACAUGAUUUCAUUUUGUUUUUCUUUCUCUUUUUUUGUCUUUAGCACACAGGCAAUUGUUUAAAAAAGAGCUUUCUGGAAGAAAUCAUUCAAAUCUUUUGCUGUGUCUUCAGUACAAAAACUUCACCACUGUUAAAAAAAUAUAAUAAUCAUUAUAUAUGAAGCGACUAAAGUAAUGUAGUACUUGAGACAUACAUUUCCGAAUUGUGGCAUAUUGUAAAUACUACAUGAAUACAUACAGACCUCACAGGAUCUUUAAUUCACCUGAGAGAGACGUUCAUUUACUAAAGGGAAAAGACAGUUUUCACACUGUUUCCAUGACAGAGUUUUGUUUAUACGCUUUGCUAAUUUAAAUAGAGAAAGAUAUGUAGAGUUUAAUAUGCUGAGCAUGCGUUUGAUUUAGACACUCAUAUUUUAUAUUCACAUCUGUAUUUAUUUCAUUCUUUGUGCUUUAUGGCAGCUGUACAUAUGACCUGUUUUUGUUCAUGUAGAAUUUGCAAUCUGUAAACUUCAUUUGCUCUAGAUAAACAAAACCUCUUGAGUUUUCCAUCUCUGUGUCUCAGAGUGCUUUUAUUUAUUUUUUCAUUUUAAUUUUAGUAGACAAACUAAAUGCACAUUUACUGUGGUAUAAUAAAAAAAAAAAAUUGGAUCAUAAAAGUGUUACAUCAUAUAAAAUAUUAAUAUUUUUGUUAAUGCAAUGG